ACGCUACUGAGAACUUUAAUAUACAUUAAACAAAGCGAAUUGAAGAAAUAUGAGAAUUAUUAUUUAGACUCGUCGAAACCGGCAGAUAAGCCCCGCCCACUCAAUGUUCGUCCAUGUUUUUGCCAUUCAAUGCGUUUAUUCUAUUUCUAUGAGAGAAGAGAGGCGCGUUGCCGCAUCUGAGCAUCACAGUCAUCAUGUCUUACGGAAUGAUGGACAGCUGUCACUCACAGCCGAGAGAUUUCAGCAAUCUCACUCAGACAUGCAGCUCAAACAUCCAGAAAAUCACACAAAACACUGGCCAAAUCAAGAGCAUGCUGUUCCAACUCAGUACCAGACCGGACACACCAGAACUUCAGGACAGACUCCAGCAAAUGCAGCACUACACAAACCAGUUAGCAAAAGAGACCAACAGACAUCUGAAAGAGCUGGGCUCUUUGCCACAGCCGCAGUCCCCUUCGGAACAGCGGCAGCAGAGGAUCCAGAAAGACCGUCUGAUGAAUGACUUCUCGGCCGCCCUCAACAACUUCCAAGUGGUCCAGCGCCGAGCUGCGGAGAGGGAGCGCGAAUCAGUGGCCAGGGCGCGAGCUGGAUCCAGACUCCAGGUUGAUGAGCUCAAUCAAGAUGAACAGCUUGUGACGUUUGAAAAAAAUGAAGGGUGGCGAAUGCAGACAGAAGAGGAGCCUGUGACCGAAGAAGACCUGGAGCUUAUUAAAGAGAGAGAGACCAAUAUCCGUCAGCUGGAGUCAGACAUCAUGGAUGUGAAUCAGAUCUUCAAGGAUCUCGCAGUCAUGAUCCAUGACCAAGGUGACAUGAUAGAUAGCAUUGAAGCCAACGUGGAGAGUGCAGAGGUGCAUGUGGAGCGAGGGGCCGAGCAGAUCCAGCAGGCGGCCUAUUAUCAGAGAAAAUCCCGCAAGAGGAUGUGUAUCCUGGCUCUUGUCAUGUCGCUAGUGGCAACCAUCUUUGCUAUAAUCAUUUGGCAAGCAGUCAGAUAAGAUGAGAGCUGAACCUGACUGAAGUGCUGGAUCCUGCUCCAGUGCUGAGUGUGUGUGUGUGUGUGUGUGUGUGUGUGUGUUUGGGUCAGAGGUGGCCUUUACCAUUGUGUUUAUUAUAUUAACUCCUUAUGUUACUCUUAAUAGUCUAUUUAAAAUGCAUUCUAUCCACACAUUAAAAUCACGACCGGGAACAAAAUCAACAUUCAAUCUUCAUCACUCCCUCAGCCCCUCAGCGUUAAUGACCAAGGCCAUGAGAGCAAAAAAAUAAAAAUUAAAUAAUAGGGAUUAGAUAAGUGAUUUAAUACAAUAUGAAUAAGAAUAGGCUACAUCAAGAGGAAAUGUUUUACACUUAGGUUGAUCUGAUUUUGACAUUUAGAGCUUGUCUUUCUGAUAAUGAAGUGCUGCAAAAGCAAAAGUUUAUCUUUAUACAGCGAUCUCAUAACGUCGUGUUCAGUUGACAUCUGAGCAAGUGUGGACAGUCUUUCUUGCAGCAUGUUGGACCGCAGGAAUGAUUUUAUCAGCCGCAGACGCCAGAUAUAAAUAUAGAAAAUAAACAUGGAAAAAAUGUACUGAAACUAAAACUAGGUGGCAGCAAAUCAUUCUCUUACAGUUUUUUACAAUCGCUAGGACACAUUUCUCAGGUGUUUAUUGUGUUUGAACUUGUUUUGAGGAUGGCAUUGCUUGGCACUCUUGGCAUUGCUCGAGGAUCUUGCUGUGCGUGCCAUAUGUACCUAAUCUUGAGACUAAGUCUGCAAAAAUACAAGCACAUUAUCUGCUUUACACUUAGUUUGCAAUUGUAAAACAAACUUUUAACACAGUUCUCUACAUUAGACACAUAACUAAAAAAAUAGCAGCUAUUGUGUUUCAUUUAAGAAAUUUAAUACCACAAUCAUUUCCCGAUUACCUACACCCAGUGAUCAUGUGAAAACACUUAUUGAUAAAUUGAUCAAAACUCGUUUUGAUCAUUUUUUUAACCUCCUGCAUUCCUGUUUAUAGUGUAAAUAUACCUAAUUUGAUCACUUAGAAAUCAAAACUCAAUGAUUUGAGAAACAAAUACAUUUUUCACUCUUGCAUUUCUGUUUAUUUUGUAAAUACUGAUUGUAGGGACGCAGAUGGGGUUUAGAAGUCUGUUUCUGACGCGUGCUUUGCCUUGAAUAAAUGAAGUUAUUGUCCAUACCUUUGGAAUAAAGUCGGAUAUGCCAAUCCAUUUAUUGUCCAUUUAGCAUUGCAAAUAACAAAAAUAAAAUUAAAAUAAAACUUCAAACUUAACUUCGAUUUUCUACUCAAAAAACAAAAAUACCAUUCAAAACAAACUGUUAACGGGCACGAGCACAGUCCUGCACUAUACGCUGCAUGCUCGACAUGGCACGGUCAAAAAGUUUGUUUGAACUUCCAUUGCGCCACCUGUAUCUCAUUAGCACUUGGGUUAAAUAUACUCACAUGCCCUCUAGUGUCACAAACAAAAAUUACAAUUCAAUAUAAUGGCUCCAACACUGAUUAUGCAUACAAGUCAAGUCACCUUUAUUUCUAUAGUGCUUUAUACAAUACAUACUGUUUCGAAGCAGCUUCACAGGAGUAACAAGUUCAAAUUCUGCUGUAAAGCAGCUCUAACAAGUCAAUAGUGUCAUUAUUCAUCUCACGUCAGUUCAGUGUUGAUUCAGUUCAGUUCAAUAACAUUAAUCAAUUGUGAAUACAUACUGUAUAUAUACAGUGUAUUUGUGCUGUAUUUACUGUAGAAAUGUAGCAAAUUGCUGUCUUAUAAAAGAGUAUGUAAAUGUGGAAAUUGGCCUGUAGGUUCACAGAGUUUUUAUGGUAGUUGUGUCUAAUUGAGAAUUGUAUUCAUGUAAAUCAAAAGAUGUAGUCAUUGAAUGCAUUGUGUGCCAAAGCAGUGAUAAAUGAUCCACAGUUUAGCUCACAUAGACUGAUAAUGUGAUCACUGUGAAGAGAUUUGAGAAAUGUGUCCUAGUGAUUGUGAAAACUGUAACGAGUGAGUCAUUCAAUCAUUCAGUCAAAUGAUUCCUUCAGUUGUUCGGUUUUAAGUCACCUAACAUGAACUUCUUGUUUAUGAUAUAAAUAUUAAAAACAAGAAUUCAUACAGGGAUAUUUUUGCCACAUAUAUCUUGAUUUUUGGGGAGCAUUUUUAUUAAUUUUGUUGCCAUUUUUGCCCCAAGCCCCUUUGAUUUCUGUGAUGGUGGGUAGGACUCUUUGUGUGUGUGUGUGUGUGUGUGUGUGUGUGUGUGUGUGUGUGUGUGUGUGUGUCAGUGUGUGUGUUUGUGUGUGUCUGUGUAUUUAUUUUAUGCAUGCGCUGGCAUGUAUUUAGGAAAAAAUAACUUCAAUUUCUGUAGGAAUGGCUCAUAAAAAUUGUCUCAAAUAUUUGUAAUCAUAUACACCCUUAUAAGACAUAAAUCAAGCAUCUCAUCACCUCAGAUCAAACUUAAUUGGCACUUUAAAUGGUAUAUUUUGUUCAUUAAUAUGGAUCAGAUCUCAAUGUUAUGAGCCAUUCAUGCAGAAAUACAGACCAUUUCAAAGUGUUUCACUAAUCCUGCACUUAUGUGUCAGACACUGAUAGUAAGAGAGUAGUUUCCAUAUAAUAUGUUUGUCUCUGAAUUAUCUGGAGCAUAUACAGUACAGCAUUGAAAACAAGACUUCAGUUUGCAUGAAUGUAAUUCCUUUUACAAAUGGUAUUUUGUUGCAAGUCUUCAACAAGGUUCAAGGUUCAUUUUUCUCAGCUGAAAUUAUGCAAAAUAAUAAUACUUUGUUUAUUCUCAAGAAAUAUUUAUUUCUUAAAAUUAAUUAAAAGAAACUGUUCUAAUGUUGUGUAUGAUUUGAUGCACAGUGCUUUGAUCUCACAAGUAAAUGUAUUUCUUGAUAGUACCUAAUAAAGAUGAAAUAAGUUUUAA